AUGGAUCAGCUGGCGCCGCGUGCGGAGCCGGGCUCCAAGCCAACGUUCCUUUCGCGCAUAUUUCCACACAGUGAUCUUGCGAUCGCACGGAGAGCAAAGUACCUGGAUGAAGCCGAUCAAAGAGGGAUUUGUGGGCACGCUGCUCCUGCGGGGAAAAAUGACCUCGAUAAGGACGGCUCGAUGCACUCUGAUCCCGCGGCGUCACGGUUCGUAAAGAUGGAGGAAGAUACUCAGAUAAUCGAGCAAAUUAAUGGAGUGUACCUCGCUGAGGAUAUUGUUGCGCUUCCACGCACCCUCGGCUCCAUCGGCGCAUUCUGGAACAUGAUUGCCUACUCCAUCGCGCUGGGCAUCUUUAGUAUUCCCAUGACCGUCGCGACGAUUGGCGUUGUACCAUUCAUGCUAAUCAAUGUAUUUUUUGCGUGUCUGACGUAUUACAUCGGCUACAACUACUGGCGCAUUGCAAUGAUGUAUCCUGGUGUGCACAGUCUCCAGCAGGUCGGCGAUCUGAUCUUUGGACGAUGGGGCGCGUACAGCUUCACCACGAUCCAGACCAUUUUUGGUAUUUUCCUGCAAGGUAACCACGCGCUGCUUGGUGGUAUUGCAUUCAACAACUUGGGCUGGCACAGCUGCAUGGUCAUCCUCGUGUUCGUCUUUUCGGUCAUCUCGUUCAUCUUUACCCUGCCGCGCUCGUACAAAGUAUUUGCAUGGCAGGCGGCGAUCUCCUUUACGUCCAUCUUUACCGUGGUCAUCAUUGCGAUGAUCGCAAGUGGUGUGACUGAGCCGCAAAAUAUGGGGCCCGGCGAUCCUCCCAAGCGCAUUCUCGCAUUCGGAUCCACGGAUCAAGUUCCGCACAAAUUUUUGGACGGUGUCAUGGCCGUGACGAACAUCUUUGUUUCGUACGGUGCGACGCCUGCAUACCUUCCCGUGAUGGCGGAGAUGAGCGAUCCUCGCCUGUUUAUCCGGAGUCUCUCCAUACUCGUCGUCACUUCGUUUGUCCUCUACUCGAUUGUCGGCUGUGUCAUUAAUUACAAUCUCGGACAGUACACCAAGUCGCCGUCUUUGGGGAGCUUGUCUUCGAUAAUGAUCAAGAUCACGUACGGUCUUGGCUUGCCCACCAUCCUGGUCGCGGGCUGUGCGAGUGGUCAGGUAGUGGGCAAGGUGCUAUUCCGGAACGUAUUCAACGGCGCGCGCAAGCGCUACUUGAAGAAUCCCGUGAUCAAUUGGGGCGUAUGGGUCGGCAUCAAUGUCGUCACUUGGGUGAUUGCUUUCGUGCUGGCAGAAGUCAUUCCAUUCUUCAGCUCGUUCCUUGGCCUCGAGAGCUCAUUGUUCUGGGCAUUCUUCUUGUGCCUCGCACCCAUAUUUUACCUCUGGCGUCACCAGCACGAUUACUGGGAUACCUGGCGGAACCGUCUCGGUUUCAUUGUCGCGCUCGGUAUCAUCGGCGUCUCAGGUUUUCUGUGUAUAGCCGGUGUUUGGGCUUCCGUUGUUUCUAUCCGCGACCAAUAUAACAGCGGCGCGGUCGGCAGCCCAUUCUCGUGCGCUUCGGCAAAUUAA